AUGUCAGAACUGGCUGCUCUUACGGAAGUCUUUUGUGGAGAGAACCCCAUUGUUGAUAUUGUCGCAGUCCAUGGACUUAAUGGAGACUCGGUCAAGACAUGGACAUCAAAGACAAACAAUAAGUUCUGGUUAGGCGAUGCAGAUAUGCUCCCCUUGGCCAUGAAGCAAUCUCGAAUUCUGACAUUCAGAUAUAAUGCUGCCGUCACUGCGCUUUUUGGAAAAACUUCAGCGGAUCGCAUCCUUCAUCAUGCUCAGACGUUGAUAGCGGAAUUGGUAGCCGAUCGUCAGAUCAAUGAUGCCGAACACCGUCCCAUUAUUUUUAUAUGUCAUUCACUGGGUGGCAUCAUCGUCAAAAGGGCACUGGUGUAUUCAUUCAGUCGAACCAGUAAAGCGGUUGAGCACCUUCACUCUAUAUUUGUUUCCACCUACGGAAUACUCUUUAUGGGAACUCCGCAUAAUGGAAGCAGCCUGACGAGCUUGGCAUCCAUGAGCCGACGAAUGAUAGAUGCACUUCUGCCGUCGAAAGUAGUUAGUACCGAUGGGCAACUGCUAGACGCGUUGAAGGAAGGGUCCGAAACGCUCCAAAAUAUCACCGAUAUGUUCAUCCCGUUGAUGAAGCAAUUCCGAAUCUAUUUCUUCUGGGAACAGCAGAAGACAGAUUUUGGGACAAAGUUAGAUUACGUCGUAGAAAUUUCAUCUGCCGCUCCAAUCCUGGACAGUAUUGAGAGAGCUGGACUGCCUUAUGAUCAUUCCAAUAUGUGCAAAUUUGCGUCUCGAUCUGCAGGUGGAUAUACGAUUGUGGUGGCAGCAUUGAUGCGAUAUUCUAGAGAUGCACCGAAGACGAUAUCGCGGAGAUGGGAUAAUGCAGCGGUGAUGUUUAUGUCGGCGCGGAAGAACGAGGCCGCAGAGUUGUGCGGUUGA